GGAGCUGCCGCCGAGCGAAAUGACGGGAACCAAUGAGAUGCCAAUGAACGCGUCUCCAGCGUGACCGCCGAGAUUGACGUGGAGGACACGUCAAAUUGAUCCGAAUACACUGAAGCCUCCUGGUCAGAUGAAUUUAUCCCAAUCGGAUGAAGAUCACCUUGGGGUUUUAGGGCUGCCGGAGUUGGAAAGUGUCCUGGGAGAGGGCCGCCAAAGGGAAACAGGGAGGCAGCGCCGCCGGGCUCCGGCUCCCGCUCCGACUCCCGCUCCCCAGCAGGAGCGUCUCCAGUUCGAAGUGGGGCCGUGGUUCGCCGCUUUCGCUCUCCCUCCCUCUAUGUAUCUCCGCCCGCAUCAGAGCACACCCGGACUGCGCCCGGCCCAACCCCAGCAGUUGCUCGGGAGCCAGGCAGCCGGCCUUGCGCGCUGCUAUGGAGCAGACUUACGGAGAAGUGAACCAACUGGGCGGUGUUUUUGUCAAUGGGAGACCCCUGCCGAAUGCGAUCCGACUGCGGAUCGUGGAACUGGCCCAGCUAGGCAUAAGACCAUGCGAUAUCAGCAGACAGCUCCGAGUGUCUCACGGCUGUGUGAGUAAAAUCCUGGCGAGGUACAACGAGACGGGUUCCAUCCUCCCCGGAGCAAUUGGAGGGAGCAAGCCCCGGGUCACCACUCCGAACGUGGUGAAGCAUAUCAGGGACUACAAACAAGGAGAUCCGGGCAUUUUCGCCUGGGAAAUUCGGGACAGACUCCUGGCCGAUGGGGUCUGUGACAAAUACAAUGUGCCUUCGGUCAGCUCCAUCAGCAGGAUCUUGAGAAAUAAAAUCGGGAACCUGUCCCAGCCCAACCCUUACGAGGCCACCAAGCAGCCACCCCCACAACCGGCACUGCCUUACAAUCAUAUUUACCAGUACCCUUACCCCAAUCCCAUGUCACCCACUGGGACCAAGAUGGGGAACCACCCAGGAGUUCCUGUCUCUGCGGGACAUGUCAGUAUCCCUAGAUCCUGGCCCUCUGCUCAUUCUGUCAGCAACAUUUUGGGCAUUCGAACUUUUAUGGAGCAAACAGGGGCACUGUCGGGGACUGAGGGCUCUGCCUAUUCCCCCAAAAUGGAAGACUGGGCCGGUGUGAAUAGGACUGGUUUCCCGGCCACACAAGCAGUGAACGGAAUUGACAAAGCGGUUAUGGAAGCAGACAUCAAAUACCCACAGCCCACUCCAAGUCUUUCCACUGUGGGCAGUUUCCUCCCAGCCUGCGCCUAUCCUUCCUCCAACCAGCACGGAGUGUACGGCGGACCUGGAGGCGGCUAUCUUACUCCUGGUCAUCCCUGGCCUGCGCAAGGCAGUCCCCUGGCUCAUCACGGACCCGGUGUGACCGUGCACGGGGGAGACCUCGCCACCGCCAUGGCGUUCAAACACCCCAGUCGAGAAGUGGCAGAUCGAAAGCCUUCCAGCCCAGUCGGCAAAUCCCAAGACACCCUUAGUAAUCUACACGGACUGUCUAUCCCGGCUUCGUCUUCCUAGGGAGGAGCAGCGGCUUCCAGGCGCCGGAGCGAAAGAGACCUGAGAAGGGGUGGGACCUGUGAGAGGGGAGGGAGGCUUGGAAGUGGAGAUCAGGUGGGAAUGGGUACCUGCAAAAAUUGCAAGCGAAUUUUUAAAAGUUCUAGGAGGAUGCUCUGAUGCAGCAUGAAACUUUGGGGAAGGAGAAGGAAUGGAGAGGAAACUGGAACUGAGAUCCGCUCAGUACCCUGAGAGGACCUAGGUUAUUUCACCAGGGUCAAUGCCAAGCUGCCCGGGGAAGGGCCAAGAAGCAGCAGCCCGCUGCCAGCCGAAAGGAUUUGCUUUCCAACGAACUCCCAUCUGCCCCUAUCCUCCUUCCCCAGUCUGGGAAAGAAAAGGGUAACUCACUUUUUCGUUUAUUUCUUGUCUAUUUUCAGUUUCUCAUCGUUAACUGAAUUAUUUAACUUUGACAGACUUUUAAAAAUUCUUUCUCCACUGACUAUAUGUAUUUCCAUUCUAGACUUUCUCGUCUACAUUUUGUCUUUUCAUUCUUCUUUUCCGGGUUCUCUCUCCUUUAUUUUGGUUCUCCUCUUUAUUUCCCCCCAUCUGCUUUUCUUUCUGCCAAUAUCUUUCUUCUCUCCCUUACCCUCGUCUUUCCCUUUUGUUUUUACUAGUCUUUUUUUCCUCAGUAUUCUUCCCCAUUCCUGUGUUUUCUCCACUGCAUUCUUUUGCUUAGAGCUGAAAAUAACUUUAGAGAGCAUCUAAUGAUUAGAUUUUAAUCCAGGUCCAUCACUUUUUGGAUGAAGGUCCAGAGGCCUAGUUUUUGCUCUUUUCCAUCUCCCUUUUUUUAACUCUCCCUUUCACUGUUUUACUAUUUUUCCCUUUCAAUAAGUGGAUAAGUGCCUAAAUUCAUGGACCUUCCUUAUCCCCAAGCAUAAACCUUAGAACAUUCAACCUAUCUUCUGAACUCCUAAACCCUAACCUUCCUUUGAGCUUCGCAGACACCAGCCUCUGCCCAGACUUCUUUCUGUUUUGCAAGUGGCCAAAGAAUCAGGUCAACAGGCUUCCAUUCUCACCUGCCUUCUCUCUUGAAGACCCAGUGCUGCACAGAGAGCCUGUAUUGCCAGACGUUCACAAUAGGAACUGUGAUGAUUGCUUCACUGCCUAGGGAAAUGGACAAAAAAGUCACAGCAUUUUAUUUUAUAUUUUUAUAACAUGAAUAAAAAUCCAAUGAAACUGC